AUGCAACAUCAGCAGGACGUGCUGAAUCAGCAGAACUACCACCUGACGGAGCUGCAUGGCACGGCAGAGACGUUGCACACGCAGGCGAUGGCCUUCAACGAGGAGGUGAAGAGCCAAAACAGAUUACUCCAUGACGUAGAGGACCAGAUGGUAGACUCACAGUUACACCUCUCCACAAUUACGAAAAAGUUAUCGCGGUACCUGGACACCGAUCACCCGUCCGUCAUAAGGCUAAUUCUAAUCUUGUCAAUAAUUGUUGCGGUUCUGGUCGUAGUGUUAAUCGUAUUUUAA